AAUUCGAGGGUUGUGUUGGUGUUGUGCUGAGAAUAUUCUGAAAUUCUGAUCAUGUUUUAGGUGCAAAAACAAAUUGAAAUUGAAAGUGUCAACUGUCAAGUCAAAUUAGGCCUAAAAAUCAUAAGUACUAAUUAGGUACUAAUGAUAUUUUGUGCUCAUUUAAAAAAUGAACUCAAAUAAAACCAAUCUAAGAUUAAGAACAAUAUUAGGGCAUUUACAAAGUGACAGCCCUUCACUGUUUCAGAGACUUUCAACGAGGGCAUGUUCUACCUCAUUACCGCUAAUCCAUGACAAGGAGUUCCAGUAUACACACAACAGCUCUCGUCUCACAAGAGUUCAAAGACAGUUUUACGAGGACAAUGGAUAUAUUGUCAUAAAGAAGUUGGUCAAUGAUGAUAUUCUCGACCAAUGCAGGGAUCACUUUGUGGAUGUUUGCACUGGGUGGAGCCCGGCUGGUGGAAUGUUUCUGAUGAAAGAACCGACCCUGCUAAAGGCUGGUGCCACUGGGGAACAUCUCAUUUAUAAAGUACAAGAUCUGCUCUACGAUGAAGUCUUCUCACUGUACACCUCCUUACCAGAGUUGCUGGACUACAUUCAAUGUUUUACCGGGCCAAACAUAACAGCAAUUCACUCCAUGCUGAUCAACAAGCCGCCAGACGCAGAACACACUACGAUUCACCCUUUACAUCAGGACCUGCUCUACUUCCCAUUCAGGCCGGCCAACCUAAUAGUCGGAGCGUGGACAGCCAUGGAACAGAUAGAUGAGGAAAAUGGUUGUCUUAUCGUUUGUCCUGGCUCUCAUAGGCUCAACCAGUUGUACCAACAUGGCACAGAAUCAUUCCAGAUAGGGCCAUACAAGACAUUCUACGGUGUGAAGAGCCAACAAAAGGAGCCUCCGGUUCCCCUCCGCAUGGAGAAAGGGGACACUGUUUUUCUCCAUCCACUCCUUAUACAUGGAUCAGGACCAAACCGAUCAAAGCGGUUCCGCAAAGCAAUAUCGUGUCAUUAUGCUGCAUCUGAAUGCCAAGUGGUUGAUGUGAAAAACACACCUCAGGAACAAAUCGCCAAAGAGCUUGAAGCCACUGGUGAAAGAAAGCAUUCAGUAUCACUGGAUUUCCAAUCCAUCAUGAAAUUGCGCAGCGUUGUUGUGAGAGGAUCUGAGGGCUUCACAAACAAUUAAAAACUACUGCGGCUUCUUCUUUCCUAGACUAUUUUUAUGUUAGCUUAGGAAAAUUUAUUAUAACGCCUUUUAUAUGCUGGUCCAAUGAAAAUUUACAUUUAUAUUGAAUUUAAUUAUCGAUGAAUAGACAAAUUUAAGUCACAAAGACCAUAACCACAUGUUAUAAGUUUUCUCGCUUGUUUUUUAAAGCGGUCCAGGGUUUACUAAAUUUACUCAAAUCCUAGGACAUAAGCUAUUUACACGUUUCUUAAGGCUAGGCCUAGAAGGUUGCGGCAUUUAUCAUGACUUAGAUUGGCGGGAAUUAAACCUGGGACCUUGGGGGCUAAACCACUACACCAGGUCGCUCUCUGAGUUUACUACAAUAGUAAAUGUAUUUUAUUGUUUUAGUGUUGAGAUGAGGUGGCUCUCAAUAAUAUUUAAAUAGUACCUGACAUUAGGAGAUAACAUUGAUAUCCACAAUAAUGACUAAAUUUAAGGGACCAAAUGCAAUAUUCUUUCACUCUAGUAUUGUUUAUAUUCUCUUUAUUGUGAUGGUGCAUUGUUACUUUUAUAUUGUUAUCAAUUGUUAUUUUUGUAUAAAAUGAAACAAAUUUUAUUUUUAUUAAA